UACGUAGCAUUUCUGAGUACCAUUCGUGGUUUAACUUCUUCAUUUUCCUUUUAACAUACCUUUUACUCGAUUGCAUCAGCAGACAUUAAUCAUGUUAUCGCGGUUAACACGGAUCUAUGCACGAUCCACCGUUGCUGACUCAACAACGGCUUUGCGAGGACAACAACUCAAACGGCUAACCGGUACCAGAACUACUACUAUAUUACGACGCCGUUAUGCAACUGAAAAAGAAUCACCAAAGAAGAAGGAGGGUGUCAGUAGCAACAGCAAUAAUGAAGAGGCUUACAAUAUUCCAAAAGGAUUUGAGAGUUUCUUCGGCCAAAAACCUGUGAAGAAACCUCUAGACAAAAGAACAGUUGAAGAGGCCGCUUCGAAGCAUACACAAAAAUCGACUGAGCAAAUUCCACGACCACCACCUAGAGCGAAUAAUGAUGGUGCUAAAGGCUCAGCUAAUAAAGCAGGAGGAGGAGGAUUUAAGCCGCCAAACAAUAAUAGCUUGAAUGCUCUUUUAGGUGCUGCUCUUGGUACCUACAUGUUUUAUAAAAUGACUGCACCUGACGAUACUUCUCGAGAAAUUACUUGGCAAGGAUUCCGUACACAAUUAUUAGAUAAAGGAUUGGUUGAUAAACUUGUUGUUGUAAAUCGUAAUCGUGUGCGCGUUUAUUUACGACAUGAGGCUGGUUCCAUGGGUAUCUCCCCUCGUCAAACUUUUGUCUUCACGAUUGGAUCUCCUGAAAGCUUUGAGAGUAAAUUGGACCAAGCUCAAAACGAAUUAGGUAUACCCUCCAAUGAACGUAUUCCGGUUGCAUAUCGCGAUGAAAUUAGUGUUGCACAAACUUUGCUGCAUUUCGCACCUACCAUUUUAUUGAUUGGUGUUCUGGUAUACAUGACUAAGCGAGGUGCUGGUGGCGCUGGUCAAGGUGGUAUUUUUGGUAUUGGUAAGAGUCGAGCCAAGAUGUUCAAUCAAGAAACCGACAUUCGUGUCAAGUUUAAGGAUGUAGCUGGUGCCGAUGAAGCUAAGGAAGAAAUUAUGGAAUUUGUAAAGUUCUUAAAGAACCCUGCCGCUUAUGAACGUUUGGGUGCUACUAUUCCUAAGGGCGCUAUUUUGUCUGGCCCUCCUGGUACUGGUAAAACUCUUUUAGCUAAGGCUACAGCUGGUGAAGCAGGUGUUCCCUUCCUUAGUGUCUCUGGUUCCGAAUUCGUUGAAAUGUUUGUGGGUGUAGGCUCCUCUCGUGUCCGAGACUUAUUCGCCACUGCUAAAAAGAAUGCUCCAUGUAUCAUUUUUGUUGAUGAAAUUGAUGCCAUCGGUAAAGCUAGAGGUAAAGGUGGUCAAUUUGGUGGUAAUGAUGAACGAGAGACAACGCUGAAUCAAUUGUUGGUUGAGAUGGAUGGCUUCGAUUCAAGUCAACAUGUUGUUGUGUUGGCUGGUACCAAUCGUCCCGAUGUUUUAGAUCCUGCUUUGAUGCGUCCUGGCCGUUUCGAUCGUCAUAUUGUGCUUGAUCGUCCCGAUAUUGGCGGCCGUGCUCAAAUCUUCAAGGUUCACUUGAAGCCUAUCAAGACUAGUGUUGACAUGGAGCAUCUUUCUCGUAAAUUAGCUGCGCUCACACCAGGUUUCUCCGGUGCUGAUAUUCACAACGUAUGUAACGAGGCUGCUUUGAUUGCUGCACGUAAAAUGAAGGAUGAAGUUGACGACAAGGACUUUGAGGAUGCCAUCGAGCGUGUCAUUGCUGGUUUAGAAAAGAAGUCCCGUGUUUUGUCACCAGAGGAAAAGAAGACCGUAGCUUAUCACGAAGCAGGUCAUGCUGUAGCUGGUUGGUAUCUCAAAUAUGCUGAUCCUCUAUUGAAGGUUUCUGUCAUUCCUCGUGGUUCGGCUGCUCUUGGUUAUGCUCAGUAUUUACCUAAGGAUCAAUAUCUAUACUCCAAAUCGCAAUUAUUGGAUCGUAUGUGUAUGACCCUGGGCGGCCGUGUAUCUGAGCAGAUAUUCUUUGAUUCUAUCACUACUGGUGCUCAUGAUGAUUUGCAGAAGGUUACAAAGAUGGCUUAUGCUCAAAUAACAACUUAUGGUAUGAAUGAGAAGGUCGGACCUCUAUCCUUCGAGGAUCAGAACGAACAACGAUUCCAAAAACCUUUCUCUGAGCAAACUGGCACACUUAUUGAUAAUGAAGCAAGAAAGUUGGUUAUGGAUGCUUAUGAUCGUACUUUGAAGUUACUUACUGAAAAGAAAGAAGACAUUGAAAAGGUCGCUAAAUUGUUAUUGGAUAAGGAAGUUCUUACUAGAGAAGAUAUGGAAAACUUAUUGGGCAAGCGCCCUUUUGAAGAAGUGACAAUUUACGAUGAGUAUGUAAGAAAGAAGACGCAUUCUCCCCCUCCAUUUCCUGAAGAUAAUCCAUCUGGACAAGUCGAUAGUGCAAAAUAAGUCAUGAUAACAUAUUUCGUGCGCUCUCAUUGUGUAAAUUUUUCAAUUAUUACUUUUUUCUCUUUUUUUAUUAUAUUUCUUUGCCUUUGAAUAUCCCUUUUCUGUACCACUCUCAAUCUAGAUCGAAUAUAAACAACACACUAUGUAUGUGUUAAUAAAGUCAUGUAUAUUAUCCAUUGUAAAAUUUUUGGCUUUGGUGAAAACGAAUCACGUAUUAUACAAGUUCCAAACAAU